AUGGCACCACCAAGAUUAGGGGCCGGUAAAAAGCCCACCGCAAAGAGCCAGCAGGGCCGCGACGACAACAAGAAGCGACAGGCCCCGAACAAACAACCCCAGCGCAACCAAGCAGACACCAACACCGACACCAACCCAGACGCCAGUAACAAGAUCGACCUCUCCGCCACCAUCCCGCUUCCCCUCCAACAGCUCCUCCUCAACGUCUUCAAGUCCGCCCUACUAACAACAGAGGCACAAGACCGGAGAAAUGACACUGAGAACGCCAGCAACGAGCCAAGCCAGGACACCGCACCCGCGCAGCUAGAUAUCAAGACCCUCGUGCAGACCAUCAAGUCGCAUCUGUACAACCGCGACUUCGACUCGGCGUUCACGGACGCGAGCGAUGAUCUGCUGCGCGCGUAUGCCCUGCGCUGGAGCGCGUCCAGGGCCCUCGGGUACGCCGGCGUCUUCAAGUCGGUGCUAAGGGUGCUUUUUCCGGACUUGAGUUCGGCAACGGCUGCGGGCGCGGCCGCAGGCACAGGCACGGACCAUGUCGUUUGUAUAGGCGGCGGGGCUGGCGCCGAGAUCACGGCGCUGGCGGCUGUCUGGCGCGAUCUGAAUGCGGGGAGCGAGGGGGAUGCGACGGGGCUUGCGGGUGCUGUCGCUGGGGUCUCGCUAGAGGGUGAGGGGAUGGGCGUGGAGGGUGCUUCUUCCGGUGUGUCUGCGCCGCGGCUUAAGGUUACGACUGUCGAUAUUGCGGACUGGUCGAGCGUGGUGGAUCGGCUGGCGCGAACGUUUCGGUCGGCUGCGGUGCCGGCUUCGAAGGCGUGUCCGGCGCCGUUGCAGCGGGAUGAGGCGGGCGAUUUCGUUGUUGGCUUCAGGCGCGCCGAUGUGCUUUCGUUAUCGGAGGGGGAGCUAGGGGAGAUCUUGCACCCUGAUGCAGAGAGAGGAGGGAGUGGGAGUGGGAGUGAGGCACCUGUCCAAACGGUCAUGGUCACGCUCAUGUUCACCUUGAACGAGCUCUUCUCGACUUCCAUGGCGAAGACUACGGCGUUCUUACUCCGCAUGACGGAUCUGCUGCGACCCGGCACCGUACUCCUGGUUGUGGAUAGUCCCGGGAGCUAUUCGACGCUGACGCUGGGGAAGGCUGCGAAGAAGGAUGCGGACACUGCGGGAGAUGCGACAGGCGCACAGGAGCGGCGCUAUCCCAUGAAGUUUCUGCUGGAUCAUACGCUGCUUUCGGUUGCGGUGGGCAGAUGGGAGAAGAUUUAUUCGCAGGAUUCGCGGUGGUGGAGGAGGGAUGCGGCACGGCUGCGGUAUUACGUUGGUGAAGGGGCGGGUCUGGAGGAUAUGCGAUUCCAGGUUCAUGUGUAUCGUAGGUUAGGUGACUGA